AUGGCCGCCAGACUGCAAGCCAGGUUCAAACAUGGCCACCUGACUGCAUGCCAGCUUCAAACAUGGCCGCCAGACUGCAUGCCAACUUCAAACAUGGCCGCCAGACUGCAUGGCAUCUUCAAACAUGGCCGCCAGACUGCAUGCCAGCUUCAAACAUGGCCGUCUAAUAGCGGUUCAGGACAAGCCGUCAUCGAUCUCCGUGACGUCACCCUAUCAGACCAUGUGACGGGGUGAGCGCUGACGCCGUGUGGUUCAGGUAUAGACAGCUGACUGUGGCCGCCACACGCUACAUAGCGCACCUCUCCCCACCAAUGAGAAGACAGAGCGCGCUGAUUGGCUGUCAGGAACACGUGCUGGCCAAUCAUCUCUCAGUUUUGGCCGCUGGUUUCCGUUGGCGGGCAGAGCAUGCUGGGUACCGAGCUCUGGGUGUAGGAAGAUGGUGGGCGGCAGCCAGCUGGAGAAUGCGAACCCUCUGAUCUACCAGCGGAGCGGGGAGCGGCCGGUCACCGAGCUGGAGGAGGACGAGGAGGUGACGGACAGCUUCGACGGCCGGGAGAUCUUCGAUAUCCUUAUCAUACUGACUGACUGACAUUCCCAUCAUCCACAGCUUAUACUGACUGACAUUCCCAUCAUCCUCAGCUUAUACUGACUGACAUUCCCAUCAUCCUCAGCUUAUAAUAUUACUGACUGACUGACAUUCCCAUCAUCCUCAGCUUAUACUGACUGACACUCCCAUCAUCCUCAGCUUAUCAUACUGACUGACAUUCCCAUCAUCCACAGCUUAUCAUACUGACUGACUGGCAUUCCCAUCAUCCACGGCUUAUAUUACUGACUGACAUUCCCAUCAUCCACAGCUUAUAUUACUGACUGACUGACAUUCCCAUCAUCCUCAGCUUAUAAUAUUACUGACUGACAUUCCCAUCAUCCUCAGCUUAUAAUAUUACUGACUGUCACUCCCAUCAUCCUCAGCUUAUAAUACUGACUGUCACUCCCAUCAUCCUCAGCUUAUAAUACUGACUGUCACUCCCAUCAUCCUCAGCUUAUAAUACUGACUGUCACUCCCAUCAUCCUCACAUUAUAAUACUGACUGUCACUCCCAGCAGCCUCAGUUUAUAAUAUUACUGACUGUCACUCCCAGCAGCCUCAGCUUAUAAUACUGACACUCCCAUCAUUCUCAGCUUAUAAUACUGACUGACACUCCCAUCAUCCUCAUCUUAUAAUAUUACUGACUGUCACUCCCAUCCUCCUCAGAUUAUAAUACUGACUGACACUCCCAUCCUCCUCAGUUUAUAAUACUGACUGAUAUUCCCAUUAUCCUCAUCUUAUAAUACUGACUGACAUUCCCAUCAUCCUCACCUUAUAAUACUGUCUGUCACUCCCAUCAUCCUCACCUUAUAAUACUGACUGUCACUCCCAUCAUCCUCAGCUUAUAAUAUUACUUACUGUCACUCCCAGCAGCCUCAGCUUAUACUGACACUCCGAUCAUUCUCAUCUUAUAAUACUGACUGACUGACACUCCCAUCAUCCUCAUCUUAUAAUAUUACUGACACUCACUCCCAUUAUCCUCAUCUUAUAAUACUGACUGACACUCCCAUCAUCCUCAGCUUAGAAUAUUACUGAGAGCGGACUGUCACUCCCAUCAUCCUAAACUUAUAAUAUUACUGACUGACACUCCCACCACCUGCGAUUUACAUUUGAGUAAUGCUUUCCUAUGGGCGGGUUUGAAUGCGCGCGACUCUGGCCACGCAUGCGCAUUCGGCUCCACUUGGGAGCUGACAUCGGCGUGGGAGGAGAGGUCACCAGCACCGAGGGAGCCUGGGGCUGGAUUAAGGUAAGUGGCUGAAGGGGUUUUAACCCCUUCAGCGCCAAUGGAGGGGGGGCACUCCAAGAGCUUUUAGUGCCAGGAAAACGGGUUUGUUUUCCUGGCACUAUAGGAUCCCUUAAUGAGUUCAAAACUUGUUUUGGUGCAUGGAGUGUCCCUUUAAGAUGUGUUGAUCUAUAUGAUGUUAAAGGGACGACACUAUGGUCACUGAGAACUGUGCAUGUUGCCUUUUCAGAGAAAACGGCAGUGUUUACAUUAAUGCCUAGUAAGACCUGCAGUGACAGUCGCACAGACAACUACUAGAAGGUGCUUCCUGGUUUAGUGCAGCACUGACAUUUGCUGAACGCCCCUCCCUAGAGAUGUGUUGAUUCAAUGCAUCUCUAUGAUGAGGUGCUGCACAUUCACAAUAGCCUCCCAAUGCCUUCCUAUGUAAAAGCUUUGGAUUGACUGAGAUUGUCAAAUUUGAUGACUGAGCCACCUGCGACCAGUGCUGGAAAAAGCGUAAGUAAAAUAAAAUUUUAAAGGGAAGUAACUGGGGCCUAAACUGUUUUUACAACUCUAGUGUCAGGAAUACAUGUUUGGAUUCCUGACACUAUAGUGUUCCUUUAAGGACAAUCUCCAUCUCUACUAGGUAAGAGUAGGAAAGGGCGGUGAGCAGGUGCAAGAUCACCCUUUUUGUAGCAAUAAAUCCCCACAUAUUAAAGGAACACUAGAGACCCUUAAAGUACAUUAGCUUGCUGAACUGCUCUAUGUGUGAAUACUGUGUCCUAGUUUUAGAAAUUGACUUUUUAUAAAGUAACCUGGUUACAACCCCCCUGGCUGUCAAUCAUAUAACCCGUUCUUGUUACUUCCUGGUUUGGUUAGCUCAGUGGACCUAAUCUCAAGAAGCGGCGGUCACCUAGAACACCUGCCUUGCAAACACUUCUCAUUGAAGUGCAUUUGGAAGUCUGUGAUUGGACAUCCACAAAGUGUGGGCGAGGUUAGAAGGGGAGGGAUUGCAAAUGCUGCAGAAAAGAGAUCUGUAGCUUUUGCAGACUGUUUUUAGAUAUACCCCCAAUUAAAAAAAUGCAUAAUUAAAUGCAGACGUUUUUGUUUGACAUAUCUACUAAACAGUGAUAUGAAGUUUUUUUUUGUUUUUUUUGUGCAAUGUAUUAUAACUUUCAGGGUUAUGUAGGGAGAUUAAUUCGGUGGCAAUGCUAUUACUUUACUAAAGGAACGUUGCUUCCAAAUUACUCCUUAUACAUAAGCCCCAUUUUUUUGUGCGAAAAGGAGAAAGCACCCUGCUCGUUAAUGGGGAUCCCUGGGGAGCUUCACUAUUUAAUUGAACUCCUACCUACCUACACGCAUGGUGUGGGAUUAGGGGGUCUAAUCUUCUCUGCUUAUAAGGGGUUCUGGGACACCUCUCACUAAUACAGCCAAUAUGAUAUGGGAAAUCAGUGUUUUACUGACAGUCAUCGUCUCACCUCAUGGGCUAAAGGAAAUGGGGUACCCGUCUCCCAAUAGUAUUUUUAGUAUUCGAUAACUUAACAAUCCUUUGAUGAGUCAGACUUUCAUUAUUGUUCUUGUAUGUUGUCCUUAUUGUGUUACAUCUUAUUCGUUCAAUAAAUGACCCGGAACAUCCACUCAGCCUGGAAGAGCUCAAUGUUGUGGAACAAAUGAGAGUCAAGGUAAACUAUGCGUUUAAUCCGGUAAUGUGACCUGAUUUUCUUAUACAUGUGAAGACUAUUCCUGAAACUGAGUCUAGACUAUGGGAUUACUAUCAUGAGAAUUCAGAGCGAAUUUCAAAUUUAAGGCAAAAAUAGCUGAACUGGAAUCAUUCUGUUACCUACGCUUUCAGUUUGGCUACUUUGGCUUUUUACCUUAAAAUCUCUUAUUAUGAAUAACCUUCUUUGAGGCAUUGUCCAUGUUGGUAUAUUCUAAAAUGGAUCUGUGCCACUGGCUAAGUAUAAAACAUAGGACUUAGCUACUCGUUGGUCCAGGAGGCGUGGUUCUUUUAAUAAGGUGACCAGGGAUAAAUAGAUCUAAAAUAUAUGAACGGAGCACUUCAGACAUAAUUACUACAUUUUAAAUUGACCAUAGACUUAUUAGUUCAGAUUCAAAGGAAAUCAUUUAAUUUUUUGUUUUAGAGAUUACUUUCUGCCUUUUGAUUUGAUUGUUAAUCUUGAAGAGGCUCAAUAAAUAAUUUGCAAUAUUAAGGCUAGAAUAACCAGUAUGGUAAUAUAAAUGAUUAACUUCUAAUUUACCAACUGGCUGGGAAUGAUUGUUGCAAUCCAUUACUUGUUGACUCCAGGUUAACCCUAGGGCCUGUGUGACCGCUUUAUUUUACUAUUUCUAACUUCACAAUUAAUAGAACGAACAUAACAAAGACUUUACAAUGGCCUUCAUUUGACAAAUCUGCUUUGCAGUUCACUGUCUGAAUGGCCGCCCCUUUUAGUCAUGCUGUAACACGGAUCUAAUGUGCAAAUACAGUGUAGGCAUGUUAUAUAUUGCUCCCCACUUACUGACUGUUUAAUCCCUUGUCACAGGUCAAUGAUGAGGACAGCGCAGUGUCAGUGGAAUUCACACCCACAAUCCCUCACUGCAGCAUGGCCACCCUUAUUGGACUCUCUAUUAAAGUCAAACUGCUGCGAUCACUGCCAGAUAGGUUUAAGGUGAGUGUAUGAGGGAGUUUUAUUCACUCAGGAAACUGACUCAGAACCAUUAUCCUUACCCCAAGUUUCAUUAUUUUUAUUAAUCAAAUAUGCCAUUGCUCUGCUUUUACUGGUUAAAGACAGCCUUUCUUCCACAAAUGUGACUGACAAGAUCAGUUUCAGGUAAAUUAUAAAGUUCAAACUUCCCUGAUCAACCACAACAUUAAAACCCCUGACAGGUGAAGUGAAUAACAUUAAUUAUAUCGUUACAAUGUCACCUGUCAAGGGGAGAGGGAUAUGUUAGGCAGCAAGUGAACUGUCAGUUCUUGAAUCUCAUGUGUUGGCAGCAGGAAAAAUGGGCAAAGAAAAGAUCUGAGUGACUUUGACAAGAGCUAAAUAGUGAUGGAUAGACGACUGGGUCAGAGCAUCUCCAUAACAGCAAGUCUUGUGGGAUGUUCCCUGUAUGCAGUGGUUAGUAUCUACCAAAAGGUGUUCAGGAAGAACUGGUGAACCGGCAUCAGGGUCAUGGGUGGCAAAGGCUCAUUGAUGCACUUGGAGAACGAAUGCUAGCUGCCUGGUCUGAUCACACAGAAGAACUACUGUAGUUCAGAUUGCUGGUCCACUACUGUAAUGCUGGUCAUGAUAGGUUUUAGUACACACAGUGGGGGGACAGUGUGUGUGUGUGUGUGUGUGUGUUUGGGGGCUGUGAGUGUAUUGGGGGGAAUGAUUGGGGGUCUGUAGGGUUGGAGGGUAGAUUAGUAAAUCUAUAUAUUUUUUUUUCUUUUCUAAUUUAAAAAAAAAAUGUAUUUUGAUAUCCCCUCUCCCUGCUUACCUUUGACUUGGAAGGGGGACAUCUCCUGCAAUCUCUGGAGGUCCCAGUGGUGAGAGUGAACUCUAGCAGCCUCAGGAGCUACUAGAUUUCACUCUCGCAAGAUUCGGAGCGUUUCCGUGGUAGCCGUGGCAAUGCUCUGGGCUCGCGAGAGGAGAACUCAGAGGAGCCGCAGGGGCCUCUAUCCCUCCCCUGCCGGCUGCCAGUAUUACUCUAUGAUCAGGCCGGAGAGGGAGAUCUCUGAUCUUCCCUCCGGUCCUGCAUUGCCAGCAGGGGAGAAUGAGACACAUUUCCCGGUGCUAUGAUCAUAAGUUCAUAGCACUGGGGAAAUAUCUCACUGCAAUUUAUAGCCGUUCCGCAAAAGCUUUCACCAGACAGUAUAGCCGGGUGAAAGCUUUCGCAGACCGGCAAUAACUUCUUGAAGGCCGGCGCCGGUCCGUGGCCCCAGGUGUUGGGGACCCCUAAGUUAGAGUACCCAUGAUGACUCCGAACCAGCACUGAAAUCUCCUUCAAUGGGGAUGUAUGCAUCUUUUGGAUUUCAUUCCUCAACGCAUCAGAGCUGUUUGGGCAGCACGAAGGGGACCUAUAUAAUAUUAGGCAGGUGGUUUAAUUGUUGUGGAUUUAUUGUGUUAAGUCACUGUGUUCUGAUGAAAACUAGAAAUAUGUGCACAAAUCCUGUAGAAUGAAAAAAAAUAUUAUAGUAGUAGCACACAUAAGGUAGAUGCAGGUCUGUAUAUGUUAUUAUUUACACUGACCAUGUUAGUUUUAUUUAAUAUUUGUCUUCAUCUCUAACAGAAGUCAUAUAAGCAGUAUUGUAAAAAUGACACUAUUUUCAAGAAUAACCUUUUUCAGUGUCGAUUAAUGAGCUGCGGUAGUGUUAGUGUCCUAUUCCAGCCAGUUACCUAUCACAUAUCUAUGUAAAACAGCCAAUAGGAAUAGGUUGGGGAAGGUGAGCAUGCAACGCAUAUAGAGUUUUAAACAAAGCACAUUCCAUACUAGUACGUUGUGUGAGGGAUGGUGUUAUGUUGCCAGAGUUUUAUUAUUUGAUUUACAUGAUUUUUUACUGUGCGUAAUAGAGGUGCAGGCCGGGGUAUAGCAUGCAUCCUAGCCUACGUGGAGUGUCCAUUAAAUGUACGGUGUGUCCUUAUUUAACAAAGCCGGUGUCAAUACAAGCCAGGGUUGUAUCUUACAUCUUUAUUUUUAAAAUACUCAUUCUGUUUUAGCAUUGUUUUGCACUGCUCAACCUUUUUAACUUGUUGCCAUAUAGACUGUUUCAAACUUUUCAUGCAUAAAUGAGAUUUCUAAUAAAAACAAAUAUCACAUGCUUUGUUUUCUUGUAUUUAAGGUGGAUGUUCACAUAACUCCAGGAACUCAUGCUUCAGAACAUGCAGGUAAGUUUCAUUUAAUGACUUCUCCCUGUCCUGAAACAUGCAGUCUAAGUAAAUGGCACAAACCGCGCAUGUUUUGCGCAUCAGAUUUCUAUCCCUGCAGAACUAACCCUGCCUUCACUCUUCAGUGAUUUAUCUAGUGAGUGUUUUAUCUGACAUGCCUCCUACUAGUUUUAGGUUUGUUUUUAUUUUUCCAAAAUAGAAAUAACAGUUUAUAUGCUUCAUGAUUUCCACUACACAGAUUAUAAACAGCUUAGUUUGGCUUCAGUUAUCUGUCCAAUCCCGGUGCUUGUGUACAGUUUUCAGAGUAAUAAAGUCUAAUCAGACAAAUCCCCGGAACCAAAUUUCCUGCCACUACUUUAAUAUAGAAAGAUGUACCUUUUUAUUGGCUCAUAAAUGUAUAGUUUGUAAACAUCUGGCUUGGUCAUAAGUGAACUUGGGAGAGCAUCUUAAAGGGACUGUAACUCUUAAAUGUAAAUAGCUGUGAUACAAAAUGAUCGAAAAUAUUUGCAUUUGUAAACGUUAUGGGACGUCUCUAUUAAAGGAAACCUCUAGUCCAGAAAAUAACACCGUAGAGCACUCCCACGCCUUUGCUCUGUAAAUGUAAAGUUUAAUAAAGAUUGCUUACCUUGUGUCCAGCAUUGUCCACCCCCUUACUUUCAACCAAUCAGAAUACAUAUAAUCCAUAGAUAAGACUAUACGAUUUGCAGCAUUAUGUUGCAGGUGCUCAAACGUUCCUGUGACGACAAAUAUCAUUUAUAUAUAUAUAUUGACUUUUUUUUUUUUUUUAAAUAAACUAAAAUUGAAGUUAGUGUAGCUGUAACAAAACGUGGAGUGUAUAACCUUUUAGACUAAAUAAGUCUUCCUGCUCUAUUGAUCACGUUUCUCUUUUUCCACACAGUAAAUAAACAGCUUGCCGACAAGGAGCGCGUUGCUGCCGCUCUGGAAAACUCCCAUCUGCUAGAAGUUGUGAACCAGUGUUUAUCUGCGAGGUCUUAG